AUGGUCACGAGUACCGGCAUUAUUGUGUCGGUCGCAAUCCCGGUCUGCUCGAGAACAUUGACGAGGGCAACAUUCUACCGGUUCGCACGCGUGCUCAGCGUCGCGUCGCCGCCCUCAGUAUUGUGUGCACGCGCAAGAUCGUUCGUCGCGAACCAGAGCUCAUCGCGUCGUUUUCCACUCGUCACCCACCGCUUCCCAAGACCUUCAAGAUGCGAUGACUUCGCCCGAGGCCGAGUCCUGAUACGCUGCGUCGAUCAAGGAACUCAGCUCCAUGGGCUUGCACAAGGUCUUCAAGCUUUCGAGGCUACCCACCGGGGCUCGUGCCCUGGGCUAUCGUUGGGUGUUUACUCGGAAGGAAGACGCCGAAGGCAACAUCAUCAGCUACAAAGCUCGUCUAGUCAUCCAAGGCUUUGCUCCACGACUGGGGAUCGACUACCACAAGACGUUUGCUCUUCUUAUAGGGAUCAUGCGACCCAAUCCAGUCAUAAAAGCGUGGAGCUCCUCUAAAAUGCGGCGGCUUAGCAAGGUGAUCACUUUGGAGGAUGAUGAGGAUGAAGAUGAGAUGAGGAUGAGGAUGAGGUUGUGGAAAAAGAAGACGGGGAUUUCUGCGCCAAAUUAG